UUCAUUUUUACAUUCCUACUAUAUUUGGAUUGACUUUACCAAACAAAAAAUAUUGUUUUUAAUUUUAACCUCACGGUCUUCCGGCGACCGCAGCCAUGGCAUCGCCGUCACCGCCUCCAGCUCCCGGUGGAUUCGCCUUCCUCGACGCAGAAUCAAUCCGCCGCGUCCUUCCCCUCUCUGCCCUCAUCUCGCACCUCCGCUCCUCCCUCCCAUCCCUCGCAGCCGCAGUCCACUCCCCUCCUCGCAGCGCUUUCCCCCUCCCCUCCUCUCCCUCCGCCUCCCUCCUACUCAUGCCCUCCUGGUCAUCUUCCCCUUCUCUUCCCUACCUUGGCGUCAAAAUCGUCACCUCCUUCCCCACCAACUCCACCCUCCACCGCCUACCCGGCGUCCACGCCUCAUAUUCCCUAUUCCACGCCGCCACCGGUGUUCCCAUUUCCUCCCUAGACGGAUCCCAACUCACUCUUCUUCGCACGGCCGCUGUCUCCGCCGUCGCUGCUUCAUUCCUCGCCCGAAACGACUCACGCAUCCUCGUUAUGGUCGGCGCCGGUGCCCUAGCUCCCUACCUCAUCGCCGCCCACCGCAUCGUCCGACCAAGCAUCGAAAGGGUCAUCGUCUGGAAUCGGAACCCCGACAAAGCUCGGAUCCUGGCCGAGAAAUUGCAAGAAGAGGAGACCGAGGCCGGCAAAGGCGUGACCUUUUCAUACUCGGAGAUCUUGGACGAGGUGAUCCCACUGGGUGACGUAGUGAGUUGCGCCACGAGCUCCGAGAUUCCGAUCGUGCAUGGGGAGAAGCUCAAGCCCGGGGCGCAUCUGGAUCUGGUGGGAUCGUUUACGCCUACGAUGAGGGAGUGCGAUGACGGUGCGUUGGCUCGAGGAAGGGUGUUUGUGGAUUUUGAGGUGGCGAUGGAGGAAGCAGGGGAGUUGGUCGGCGCAUUUGAGAGAGGUGUUAUCUCGCCUGCGGACGUGGGCGGUACGCUGAUCGAAUUGGUCAGUGGAACAACGGCGGGGAGGAUGAGCGACGAUGAGGUGACGGUGUUCAAGUCUGUCGGAACGGCGGUGGUCGACCUUCUCGCUGCACAACUGGCAUAUGAGAGCUCUUUGAAAGGAUCCUCCUCCAUGUUCAGAAAUUAGUAGCUGACAGAGAAAAAUACUUCCAACUUGCCCUGGCUGUGCUUCGAUGGAUUCAGAUUAGAUGGAUUGAACACUUUAAUACACAUUUUGAUCUCCAUUCUCCAGACGAAUGCAGAUGUAGGUAACUUGGCAUCCGCGCUCACCUGUUUUCAUCACUCGUCUAUGUAAAUGUGUGUGAUUCGACUCUCUGAGCUUCUCUUUGAGAAUCACUAUUUUUCUACUAAUAAUUGCACCCUAUCCCUACUUUCAGUAAA